CACUGAAGUGACAUAACUACAUCUUUCACUUGCUUAUCGUUAUUAUGCACAGCACAUUGGCAAUCCUCAAUACCUCGCUCGCGUUAAUUGGGAUCUUGCUCGUUCGGGCACUCAUUGCUCGCAGCAGACAACGCGCCCCGUACCCCCCUGGUCCGAAAGGUCUGCCUGUCGUAGGCAAUGUUACAGAAAUGCCCACAUCACAUGAAUGGCUCAAGUUUGCGGAAUGGGCCGAUAAAUACGGGAAUAUAAUACAUCUAAACCUCUUGGGCCAGCCCAUGGUCGUCCUAAACUCUGCCAAGCACGCGAUCGAGCUCCUUGACAAACGCAGUAACAUCUACUCCGACCGACCUGCCCUCAUGAUGGGAGGAGAAAUCGUCGGUUGGAAAUACACCCUCGUGCUGACACCUUACGGGCGACGAUUCCGCGAGUAUAGGCGCUUCAUCGCGAAGCUGAUCGGUGGGCCGACCCAGAUGCAGACCCAUCUGCCGUUGGAAGAAUAUGAGACGAGACGCUUCCUGAAGAGAAUCCUCAACAACCCGGAAGGCGUUGCUGAACAUAUCCGAAAGAUGGCUGGCUGCAUCAUCCUCAAACUGUCACAUGGAUACGAAGUUCGAGAGGGCCACGACCACCUAAUCGAGCUCGUCGACACAGCAACUGAACAGUUCUCUAUGGCGACGUCUCCUGGAGCUUUCCUUGUAGAUGUCUUUCCUCUGUUGCGCUAUGUGCCCGCUUGGGUCCCCGGCGCUGGAUUUCAGAAGAAGGCACAGGAAUGGAAGAGGACCAUAAAACAGAUGGCAGACUCGCCGCACGAGUUUGUGAAGAAGAGAAUGGAUGAGGACGCAAAUAUUCCCAACUACACUUCAGAACUCUUGCAGAACGAGACACUGGAAGGAGACAAGGAGUUCAACAUCAAGUGGUCUGCUGCAUCUCUCUACUCUGGUGUACCACAUCGAUUGACUGAGGAUGACAUAUAUGAAGGGUAUCUCAUACCCAAGGGCUCUAUUGUCAUCGCCAACAUAUGGAAAAUCCUACAUGACCCCAAGCUCUACGCUAAUCCUUUCGUGUUCGACCCUACGCGUUUCCUUCCUGAGGAUGGUCACACUCCGGCCACAGACCCUAGAGGUUACUGCUUCGGUUUCGGCAGAAGGAUAUGCCCAGGCUUGCAUCUUGCAGACGCUUCAGUCUUCAUCUCGUGUGUCAUGGUUCUUGCGACGUUUGGCAUUACCAAAACAGUCGAGAACGGCACGGUCGUCGAGCCCGAAGUUGAGUACACGAGCGGAACGAUCAGUCACCCGAAGCCGUUUAAGUGCACUAUCAAACCGAGAUCUGCAAAGGCGGAGGCGUUGGUUCAGUUUAUGGAUGAAGAGCCUUAAAAGUGGAAAGCAUCCUUCUCUGUUACAUGGCGCCUCUGCGUUCUGCCUCAGGCCGCUAAUAUGCAUGCAGUCUACGUGAGAUCUGUGCGUAUAUGUGGGCUUCGCGCCUAGAUGAGUGUAAAGUACGAGAGCCGGCAAAUAGAAUCGAUCGCUCCUCAUUUCAGGUCGUCAGUAUUUAUUCUUACAGUAGGAACCCAGACUUGCGUAGUUCG